GCCAUGUUCAAGCUAGCUCAAAAGGCUGCAGAGUCUGCGAGAGUGAGCUUGAGGCGAGCGAGAAAGGAGGGAAUGGACGCAAUAAAGAAAGCAGCAGACGUUAUUCCCGAGGACGAGCGUAAGCGGGCAGAAAAAAAGGUAGAGGAUGCAGUAGCAGCAGCAAAGAAGCAGCUGGAUGCUAUAUGCGAGGCCAAGGAGAAAGAACUGAAGGGGUAA